AUAUUUUAUGGGAUAUACCUGUAGCAUCUUCGUUCGUAUUUUAGUCUCGUACUGUUUGUGAUCGGUGCAACAAGUUUCUUCGCAUUGACACUUGACAGUGGUUUAUUCUUUUUUUUUAUUUUUAAUUCGAAAAUUUAAAUUCUGUUCGUUGGUAAACAUGAAGGUGGUAUUACUCCUGUCUCUCCUGGCCGUGGCCUCCAGCUACCCUAUCGUGAAGACCUGGACCCUCACGGAGCUGUCCACAGCCAUUGAGACCAAACAAGUGGGCCCUGACCUGAUGCCCUACGUGGAGACGGCUCUCAAUGAGAUCAUGUAUGGACUGUUCACGGGGAAAACUGAUCUUAUCCACGCAGCCAUUCCAUCACCGUCAGGAGCAGACACCUGGACGGUGCAGGAGUUGAAGAAGGCCCUCAAGGAUCCCAGCAUGAGGCCAGAGUACAUUCCAGCUCUGAUGCAAGCACAGGCCUUCGUGGAGCGCAAGAAUGCGACUGGACAAUUAGAGGAGGCUGUGCAAGUCCUGAUCCCAGCUUUGGACAUAGCCACAUGGAGUGAGUCCGACCUGUUGGAAGCCCUGAACACUCCCAACGUGAAGGAAGAACUCCGACCAUUCCUGGAGAAGGCAUUCAACGAACUGAAGGUGGCACAAGAAGAGGGAGGGAAUCCACGGAACAUCGUGUACACAGUGACGCCCGUCGGCCUGAUACCCUCUAAGGCUGACUACGAUUACUUGCUGAAGCCAUCGAAGCGCCUCAUCAAGAAGACUAAGAAGAUAAUCCCUUCUUAGUCUUAUACAUGGGAUAAGAUAAAAUUCUGUCAACGAUAUACAGAAUGGGGGAAAGAAACAAGUUUAAACAAUGAAGAUAUGGGAUUUCAAUUGUGAUUUUAUUGUUAUUUUAAUAAAUGAUACGUAAUA